AUGUUCGAGGUUAGAUCUGCUUUUGCCGAAAGGGCUGAAAAGUCCGCUUCCGUAGUAGUACGUGAAGUUGAGCUCUCAGAUGAAGAAGACAAUGCCCCCAUCGAUGCCUAUAUCACCGAACUAGCUGAUACCAUUCUGGAUGUUGUCCAGAAGUAUGGUAUGCAUACCAAGACCACGGAUGAUGGUGUCGACAGUGUCCGACAAUGGGAGGGACGCUCCAAGUUCAGAACUCACGUCGAGUAUUGGAUUCGUCGUCGUGAACCGAUCAACUUUGUCAUUCCAUCCUACCCUUUCAAGUCGGAAAACCCCGACAAAGUGACUGGCUCACUUCCUGACAUGGGAGAAUACAUCGGACUCUACAAACUCCAUUCUAUGACACUGGAUAUCGGUCAAGUAUAUCCUUUCGGAGCCCAAGUGACAGUAGCUUCCGAUGGAGCAGUAUUCAAUGACAUCUACCCUACCUCGGACGAAAAGGUCUGGGAGUAUUCCCAAGCCAUUGACCGCAUGGCCAAGAAAUACGGUCUCAACGUCAGAAUCAGUUCCCCCCACGAGUUGAUGGGUGUCCCUACAGUACCUCUCGACAAAGAAUCCUACAUUGAGGGUCUACACAAUUGCCGCGGUCAAAUCGAAAAACACACCAAUGUCGAGCUCCUAGACGAGCUCUUCGCCCGCGACCCUGACUCACUUCGUACCUACACCCAGAUGAGCCGCUUCUACGAGAUUGAUCUCAAGUACACCCCAGUCAUGCAGGGACUCAGCCGCAUGCAGGGAAAGAAGAUUACCAAGAAACUCGCCCGAGCCACCAUGGCCCGCUCUGAAGCCUUUACAGGGUUGGUUUUGAAGGCCCUCCCGCACCACGUGCGUCUGUCGGUUCACGCUUCCACUGGUGCAGUCAAGCUGUCGUUCCCUCUUGUCCCACAGGGAUUAGGCCAGGCUUCCGUGUUCCGCGUGCCAUGGAUGUCAUCCAUUUCCGUCAACGUGGCUGGCAUGUUUGAGAGUGUUUACUCGGGCGAUGUCCGUGAUACCCACGAUUUGGUGUACAAGGAUGGUCAGCCUUGGUGUUACAGGGAGCGCCAUGACUUGUUCAACUUUGUGGGCAAGGAUAUCGUGACUGAUCAUAUCUACCCCCGUGGUCUUUUGGUCACCAGUGAAAGUGGAAAUGAGUCAGUAACUAUGGCUGAUGAAGAUGUCAAGAGAGUAAAGGACCUUGCAAUGUUGCAGCCGGUACAUGUUUAUGGCUUUAGCAACGUCAAGGAGGGCCUACUUGAUCUCUAA